AUGACACCUAAAAUAGUGCUACCAAAAACUGAAUAUUUAACACCAAACUGUGGACAGUUGUGUGUACUUGGGAGGACCAAAUUUGGAAUGAUGGGAGAUCAUACAAUUAAAAGUCAGCGACCUCGAUCUGUUCAUGAGAAAAGGGUCCCUCAGGAACAAGCUGAUGCUGCUAAAUUUAUGGCACAAACUGGUGAAUCUGGUGUGGAAGAGUGGGCCCAGUGGAGUACGUGUUCAGUUACUUGUGGUCAAGGGUCGCAGGUGCGAACCAGAACUUGUGUAUCACCUUACGGGACACACUGCAGCGGCCCUUUAAGAGAAUCAAGGGUUUGCAAUAACACUGCCCUCUGUCCAGUACAUGGCGUUUGGGAGGAAUGGUCACCUUGGAGUUUGUGUUCAUUCACAUGUGGUCGAGGCCAAAGAACUAGGACAAGGUCAUGUAUACCUCCCCAGUAUGGGGGAAGAUCAUGUGAUGGACCUGAAACACAACACAAACCGUGCAAUAUUGCACUCUGCCCUGUGGAUGGACAGUGGCAGGAGUGGAGCCCAUGGAGCCAGUGCUCAGUGACCUGCUCCAACGGCACCCAGCAGCGAAGCCGGCAGUGCACAGCAGCGGCCCAUGGUGGCUCUGAAUGCAGGGGGCCCUGGGCUGAGAGCCGGGAGUGCUAUAACCCUGAGUGCACAGCAAAUGGCCAGUGGAACCAGUGGGGCCACUGGAGUGGAUGUUCCAAAUCCUGCGAUGGUGGCUGGGAGAGGCGAAUAAGGAUCUGUCAGGGGGCUGCUGUGACUGGGCAGCAAUGUGAAGGAACUGGAGAGGAAGUUAGACGGUGCAGUGAACAGAGAUGUCCCGCACCUUAUGAAAUAUGUCCUGAAGACUAUUUGAUGUCAAUGGUGUGGAAAAGGACCCCAGCUGGGGACCUGGCAUUCAAUCGAUGUCCUCUCAAUGCCACAGGCACCACUAGCAGACGCUGCUCUCUCAGUGUUCAUGGAGUGGCCUUCUGGGAACAUCCGAGUUUUGCUAGAUGCAUAUCAAAUGAGUACAGACACUUGCAGCAUUCAAUUAAAGAGCACCUUGCAAAGGGACAGAGAAUGUUAGCUGGUGAUGGCAUGUCCCAGGUAACCAAGACACUAUUGGAUUUAACACAGAGGAAAAAUUUUUAUGCAGGAGACCUUCUGAUUUCUGUGGAAAUUCUCAGAAAUGUUACAGACACGUUUAAAAGAGCAAGUUAUAUCCCAGCAUCAGAUGGAGUACAGAACUUCUUUCAAAUCAUUAGUAACCUCUUAGACGAAGAAAAUAAAGAGAAAUGGGAAGAUGCACAACAGAUCUAUCCAGGCUCGGUGGAGUUAAUGCAGGUGAUUGAAGAUUUUAUACACAUUGUUGGAAUGGGAAUGAUGGACUUUCAGAAUUCAUACCUAAUGACUGGAAAUGUAGUGGCUAGCAUUCAGAAGCUUCCUGCUGCGUCUGUUCUAACUGACAUCAAUUUCCCCAUGAAAGGAAGAAAAGGAAUGGUUGAUUGGGCAAGAAACUCAGAAGAUAGGGUUGUCAUUCCAAAAAAUAUAUUCACCCCUAUGUCAACAGAACUAGAUGAAUCAACUGUAUUUGUACUUGGAGCAGUGCUGUACAAAAAUUUAGAACUCAUUUUGCCAACUUUGAGGAAUUUCACAGUUGUUAAUUCAAAAAUUAUUGUUGUUACUAUACGACCUGAGCCUAAAACUACGGAUUCUUUCCUAGAGAUAGAACUGGCACAUCUGUCUAAUGGCACAUUGAAUCCAUAUUGUGUGCUGUGGGACGAUUCAAGAGCAUAUUUUUAUAUUAGUGUUUCAACUACUCAGGGGAAACAGAUCAUGGAAUCAUCUGGUACACCCUCAGUAACCUUAAUAGUAGGCAGUGGUCUUUCAUGUUUGGCCUUGGUCACCCUAGCAGUUGUCUAUGCGGCGCUAUGGAGAUACAUCAGAUCUGAAAGGUCAAUAAUUCUAAUCAAUUUCUGCCUGUCUAUAAUCUCAUCAAAUAUCCUUAUCCUGGUUGGACAAACUCAGACACAUAACAAGGGCAUCUGCACCACAACCACCGCAUUUUUGCACUUCUUCUUCUUAGCUUCAUUCUGUUGGGUCUUGACAGAAGCGUGGCAGUCAUAUAUGGCUGUUACUGGAAAAAUUAGGACACGGCUCAUAAGGAAACGUUUCCUGUGCCUUGGAUGGGGUUUACCAGCCUUAGUUGUUGCAAUAUCAAUAGGCUUUACCAAGACAAAAGGAUAUGGAACAGCUCACUACUGUUGGCUGUCUCUUGAAGGAGGGCUACUUUACGCUUUCGUUGGACCUGCAGCUGCUGUUGUUUUGGUCAACAUGGUGAUUGGCAUUUUGGUAUUUAAUAAACUUGUUUCCAGAGAUGGGAUCCUAGAUAAAAAGCUCAAACACAGAGCGGGUCAGAUGAGUGAGCCUCAUAGCGGUUUGACGCUCAAAUGUGCCAAGUGUGGAGUAGUUUCAACAACAGCUUUGUCAGCCACCACCGCCAGUAAUGCCAUGGCAUCCCUUUGGAGCUCCUGCGUGGUGUUGCCUCUUCUGGCCUUGACUUGGAUGUCUGCAGUUCUGGCUAUGACAGACAAACGAUCAAUAUUAUUUCAGAUACUUUUUGCAGUAUUUGAUUCAUUACAAGGCUUUGUUAUUGUCAUGGUCCAUUGUAUUCUCCGAAGGGAGGUUCAAGAUGCAUUCAGAUGUCGACUAAGAAAUUGCCAGGAUCCAAUCAAUGCAGAUUCUUCAAGUUCUUUUCCUAAUGGACAUGCUCAAAUCAUGACUGAUUUUGAAAAGGACGUGGACAUUGCUUGUCGGUCAGUUCUGCAUAAAGACAUUGGACCUUGCAGAGCAGCUACUAUAACAGGAACUCUUUCUAGAAUUUCACUAAACGAUGAAGAAGAAGAAAAGGGACCAAACCCCGAAGGAAUGAGCUAUUCUACCUUGCCUGGAAACAUCAUCUCCAAAGUCAUCAUCCAGCAACCAGCAGGUCUUCACAUGCCCAUGAGUAUGAGUGAACUGGCUAAUCAAUGUUUGAAAAAAGACAACAGCGAGUUGCGAAGGACUGUGUAUUUAUGCACUGAUGAUAAUUUGCGAGGUGCAGAUAUGGACAUAGUCCAUCCUCAAGAACGGAUGAUAGAAAGCGACUACAUAGUCAUGCCCAGAAGCUCAGUAAAUACCCAGCCAUCACUGAAAGAUGAGAGCAAAAUCAAUAUAGGCAUGGAUACUCUGCCUCAUGAAAGGCUGUUGCACUACAAAGUUAAUCCGGAAUUCAAUAUGAAUCCUUCUGUAAUGGACCAAUUUAAUAUCAAUUUAGACCAGCAUCUUCCCAACCAAGAACAUAUGCAGAGUUUGCCAUUUGAGCCCCGCACAGCAGUAAAGAAUUUCAUUGCCUCAGAGCUGGAUGACAAUGCAGGAUUGUCAAGAAGUGAAACUGGAUCCACAAUAUCAAUGAGCUCUCUAGAGAGAAGAAAAUCACGUUAUUCGGACCUUGACUUUGAAAAGGUCAUGCAUACAAGAAAGAGGCAUAUGGAAUUGUUUCAAGAGUUAAAUCAGAAAUUUCAGACUCUGGACAGAUUUCGGGAUGUACCAAAAUCAGGCAGCAUGGAGAAUUCAGCACCAAACAAGGUUCCAUGGGACAAUUUCAAAACCACAGGCGAAUAUCAACACUACACAACGAUAAACGUAUUAGACACAGAAGCAAAAGAUGCUUUAGAACUAAGACCAGCAGAAUGGGAGAAAUGUCUGAACUUGCCUUUAGAUGUGCAAGAAGGUGACUUUCAAACAGAAGUUUAACAAAAAUGAAAAUAAACUGAACAAAACAAAAACAAACAAAAAAUUAAUUGCACUGACAAUAAAGAAACUUUGGGAAUCCUGACACUCCUGUCUGAACGUUGUGACUACUUUAUGCCAGGCUCUCCCCGUGCCAAAUGUCAGUGGUUUUUUCGUACAGUUUCUUCCCACUAGUAUGGCUAGUGGAGAACCAGGUGUACAAUUCUUACCAUCGUGUGUUGUAAGUACCCGUGGAAUGGAUUUGUAAGGUAAUCUUUAUAGAUAAACCUCAAGCAACGAUUCAUGUUGUAACAGCUUCAUUUGGUUUAGUUUUCAAAAAACUUCACCAUGAAGCACAAUGUAUAUAUUUAUGCAGUUUUUAAAGUUUAUAACAGUCUGUUUGGCCAUUACUACACUUUUUACUUUAUAAUAUAAAAGCAAAGUUUUUGUCAUUAAAUGAAUGUCUGUUGAGCUACAUUCUUCAUUGCUUUAAAUGCAAUAAAGUAAUAAUCUCACUUUUAUAUGAAUAAUAUAUUUCACAUCUUUAUUAUUGCAGUUUUCUCUGGAAAGCUCAGAGUAGCUUUCUCUGCUGCAGCUGUGUAUAAAAUAUUUAAAAUGUUGUAUGGUGUAAAUAAACCUUUGUCUACAUAUCAGUUUCUUAGUGCAUUUUAUUCUGUAUUUGUUGAUCUUAAAUUUGCAUAAAGUUUUCUUUAAAAAGUACACAUGCUAAAUAUGUAUUUGGAGUUUUCAUAGUAUAUUGUUCUAGCUCCUCCAAGGAGUUUCUGUAUUACUAAAUUUGUAAAGCCAUUCUGCAUUUUCUUAGGAUAUCCUCUGUGACAAUGAACCAUAUAAGUUGGACAUGUCGGAAUACUAUUACAACUGUUCUAUUUUAUACAUAUUUUUGUUUUGUUGAAGAAAGAUAACUCUUGGAAAAUAAGUUGUUUCAAUGCACAGCACCCCGGGAAAAUGUUGAUUUAGAAUCAUUAAUUUUUUUGCAUGUUCUUGUUGCUGUAUAACAACAAGAAAGAUUUCAAAGAUAAAAAUUCUGAAAUAUUUUUGACAAAAAAAAAGAGUCUGUUUCAUAUUAUAAAUCAAGAGCUCAGUGUGAUUUAUGUUGCAAGUACAGUUU